AUGAUAGCUGUCUCUUUCAAAUGCCGCUGUCAGAUUCUGAGGCGACUUACUAAAGAUGAGAGUCCCUACACUAAGUCCGCCAGCCAGACAAAGCCGCCUGAUGGAGCAUUGGCUGUGAGGAGACAGAGCAUCCCAGAGGAAUUCAAGGGCUCCACCUUCGUGGAGCUGAUGAAGAAGGAAGGCACCACCCUGGGCCUGACCGUGUCUGGCGGCGUGGAUAAGGACGGCAAGCCGAGAGUGUCUAACCUGCGGCAGGGAGGGAUUGCAGCCAGGAGUGACCAGCUGGACGUGGGUGACUACAUCAAAGCCGUGAAUGGGAUCAACCUGGCCAAGUUUCGCCAUGAUGAGAUCAUCAGUCUGCUGAAGAAUGUCGGGGAGAGGGUGGUUCUGGAAGUCGAGUACGAGCUGCCGCCAGUCUCUGUCCAAGGAUCGAGUGUUAUUUUCCGAACAGUGGAGGUCACAUUGCAUAAAGAAGGCAAUACCUUUGGUUUUGUAAUACGAGGGGGAGCACACGAUGACAGAAAUAAAUCUCGUCCCGUUGUGAUAACAUGUGUUCGUCCUGGAGGGCCUGCUGACAGAGAGGGCACCAUUAAACCUGGCGAUAGGCUGCUCAGUGUGGAUGGAAUUCGACUUCUGGGAACCACGCAUGCUGAAGCCAUGAGCAUUCUCAAGCAGUGUGGACAAGAAGCAACGCUGCUGAUAGAAUACGACGUCUCAGUAAUGGAUACUGUGGCAACAGCAUCCGGGCCAUUACUAGUUGAAGUUGCCAAAACUCCUGGUGCCAGCCUAGGGGUUGCGCUUACUACCUCGAUGUGCUGUAACAAGCAGGUCAUUGUCAUAGACAAAAUCAAAUCUGCAAGCAUUGCGGACAGGUGUGGAGCACUGCACGUGGGCGACCACAUCCUGUCCAUCGAUGGCACCAGCAUGGAGUACUGCACGCUGGCCGAGGCCACCCAGUUCCUGGCCAACACCACCGACCAGGUCAAGCUGGAGAUCCUGCCCCACCACCAGACCCGUCUGGCGCUGAAGGGACCUGACCACGUGAAAAUUCAGAGGAGCAACAGGCAACCUACCUGGGAUUCCUGGGCCAGCAGCCACUGCAGCCUGCACACCUGCCAUCACUCUAACGCGCUUCACCCCGACCAUGGCAGACUGCCGGCCCUGACAUUCCCGAAAGUGCCUCCUUCCAACAGCCCUCCAGCUUUGGUGUCUUCAUCCUUCUCUCCUACCUCCAUGAGUGCAUACAGCCUGAGUUCCCUGAACAUGGGGACUCUGCCUCGCAGCCUCUACUCCACUAGUCCACGUGGAACCAUGAUGAGGAGGAGACUGAAAAAGAAAGACUUCAAAAGCUCACUGUCUUUAGCCUCCAGCACAGUGGGCUUGGCUGGCCAGGUCGUUCACACAGAAACCACAGAGGUUGUGCUGACAGCAGACCCUGUCACAGGAUUUGGGAUCCAACUGCAGGGCAGUGUGUUUGCCACGGAGACGCUCUCUUCCCCACCUCUGAUUUCCUACAUUGAGGCUGACAGCCCUGCAGAGAGAUGUGGGGUCCUACAGAUUGGAGACAGAGUGAUGGCCAUUAAUGGGAUUCCAACCGAAGAUAGCACCUUCGAGGAAGCCAAUCAGCUCCUCCGAGACUCCUCCAUCACGAGCAAGGUCACCCUGGAAGUCGAGUUUGAUGUGGCAGAGUCUGUCAUCCCGAGUAGUGGAACAUUUCAUGUGAAGCUCCCUAAAAAGCACAACGUGGAGCUUGGAAUAACCAUCAGUUCUCCAUCCAGCAGAAAACCGGGAGACCCCCUUGUCAUUUCAGAUAUCAAAAAAGGCAGUGUGGCACACAGGACCGGCACGCUGGAGCUUGGAGAUAAACUGCUUGCCAUAGACAACAUCCGCCUGGACAACUGCUCCAUGGAAGACGCCGUUCAGAUCCUCCAGCAGUGCGAAGAUCUGGUGAAGCUCAAAAUCCGCAAGGAUGAAGAUAACUCAGAUGAGCAAGAAAGUUCCGGGGCGAUUAUUUACACCGUGGAGCUGAAGCGCUAUGGGGGGCCCCUCGGCAUCACGAUUUCAGGAACUGAGGAGCCGUUCGAUCCAAUAAUCAUUUCAAGCCUCACUAAAGGGGGAUUGGCUGAAAGAACCGGCGCGAUCCACAUCGGAGACCGGAUCCUGGCUAUCAACAGCAGCAGCUUGAAAGGGAAGCCCCUGAGUGAGGCCAUCCACUUGCUGCAAAUGGCAGGAGAGACUGUCACCUUGAAAAUUAAGAAACAGACAGAUGCUCAGUCCACAUCAAGUCCCAAGAAAUUCCCCAUCCCCAGCCACUUGGGUGACCUGGGCGACAUGGAGGAGGACUCCUCUCCAGCACAGAAGCCAGGCAAACUCUCCGACAUGUACCCGUCCACCGUGCCCAGUGUGGACAGUGCGGUGGACUCGUGGGAUGGCUCUGGAAUCGACGCCAGUUACGGGAAUCAAGGCUCCGGCUUCCAGGCCUCGGGAUACAACUUCAACACCUAUGACUGGAGGAGCGCGAAGCAGCGAGGGAGCCUGUCCCCGGUCACCAAGCCUCGGAGCCAGACUUACCCAGACGUGGGGCUGAGUAACGAAGACUGGGACCGCUCCACGGUCAGCGGUUUCACGGGGGCUCCGGACGGCGCGGAGGCGGAGCAGGAGGAAAACUUCUGGUCCCAGGCGCUGGAGGAUCUGGAGACCUGCGGGCAGUCGGGGAUCCUGCGAGAGCUUGAGGAGAAAGCUGACAGGCGUGUGUCUUUGAGAAACAUGACUCUCUUGGCAACAAUCAUGUCGGGGAGCACGAUGAGUUUGAAUCACGAGGCCCCAACACCUCGCAGUCAGCUGGGGCGACAGGCCAGCUUCCAGGAACGGAGCAGCCCGCGGCCACACUAUAGCCAAACAACUCGGAGCAACACCCUGCCCUCGGAGGUGGGCAGGAAGUCCGUCCCCCUGAGGAAAAUGAAACAAGAUAUAAAGGAGAUCAUGUCCCCAACUCCGGUGGAGCUGCACAAGGUGACCUUGUACAAGAGCUCGGACAUGGAGGACUUCGGGUUCAGUGUGGCAGACGGCCUGCUGGAGAAGGGCGUGUAUGUCAAAAACAUUCGCCCCGCGGGGCCCGGAGAUCUUGGUGGCUUAAAGCCCUACGACAGGCUCUUACAGGUUAAUCACGUCCGGACGCGAGACUUCGACUGCUGCCUCGUGGUGCCCCUCAUCGCGGAGUCUGGUAACAAGCUGGACCUGGUUAUCAGCAGAAACCCACUGGCCUCUCAGAAGUCUAUGGACCAGACUCUGCCGGGAGGAUGGAGCGAACAGAACAGCGCUUUUUUCCAGCAGCCUAGCCACGGUGGUAAUUUGGAGAUUCGAGAGCCCACUAAUACAUUAUAG